GAAACUAUGAUCUCGAAGCUUAUCCUUCUCAUAUUAUCUUCUGUGUCAGUUGUGUAUUUAUGUAAUCCGAGAGUUUCUCCGCCAGGAACUCCUGGAACUGAUCCAGAACCAUGGGUUCCAAUUACCACAAAAGAGCCAACUGGACCAGGAAGUCCGGGAGCUCCUGGUGGUCCUAGAGCAACGGAAGCACCAAUCACGACAACGGCCAUUACCACAACAACAGAACCACUUACGGAAGAGCCGACCUCGACGACAACGACUACUACUACUACGACCACUACAACAACUACAACUACAACAACCGAAGCACCUGGGCCUAUGCCAUCAGACUGUGAUCCAAAUGCUAUUUGUGAUAUAAAUGCAAUUUCUCCUACAUAUACUGCUCCGUAUCUAUUUAAAACAAUGCCAAGGAUGCUGGACAAGGAUGGAUGUCCAACUGUAGAAAUUACGUGUACAAAACAGGUGGUCGGCACUUGUAAAUUCAGUUUCAUCGCUGUAAACGCAGAUGGUGAGACACCUGUCAAGGGAGCACAAACUGUUGCUAACACUGUUGGAUAUAGUGUGACGUGCAGGAAGGAUGGUACCUUUUCAAUGAAAGAUGAUAAUAAAAACAACAUAUUCGGCUUGACUGGUAUUAAAUGUGAUUGGAAAGGAUACUGAAAAGAUGCCAACAAUCAUUACAUUUUCAAGACCAUGUGAUUGAGAGUUGAAGAAUCUAAUAAAUGAAAAAUGUUGUGUUUAAAUUUUGAAACCCACACCGUGGUCUAUGAAGUUUUUGGAAUAUGA